AUGUUAAAAGCCAUCUUUCUUUUUAUAACUUUGAGUAAUUGUUUAAAUAUAAUAUUGUCAACUUCCGAUUCCUGGGUGACAAAGAAUGUUAGAUCAUUAUAUCAAGAUUUAAUUAAUGAUAAUCAUCAUGUUUUAUUAGUAGGUCCAUUAUAUCAAACCAGUCCAAUCUUCAAUUUGGAUAUUGGUCAAAGUCCACAUAUGCGUGGAGUUAAGGAUGAUGACUUUGUGGUGACUGAUAGUAAAGAUAUUAAUGAUGGAGGAGAUUUUGAUCAUUUGAUACCUUCAAAUCAAAUGUUUUACAAAAACAUGAAGAAAUUAAACUUCAAAAGAGUAAAGAAUAUUCCUAGUAAAGUUGAUAUGAAAAGAGAUUUAUUACCACAAAUUGAUAAUGACUACUUUGGUAACGAUCCUUUAGAUAAAAAUUGUUGGUUUGUUAAUUCUGCUAAUCCAAUCAAUGUGUUAUCAAUUUUUAUGGAUAAUUUAAUGCCAAAAUACUAUCCUGAUUUUCAACCUGAUAUGAUAUUAUUUGGACCCCUUGAAUCCCAUGAUAAUGAUCAAGAGAUUUUGAAUGAAGUAAGUAAAUUUGCUAAUUUCAAAAACAUUCCUUCCAUAACCAUUUCAACUUCUGAUAAUAAACAUGUUUAUUAUAAUGAAGUUAAUGGGCAAUUAAAACAAAUCACUAAAUUCAUAAAUGCUAAGGUAUCUGAAAUGAUGAAUCAAAUUUCAACCAAUAAAUUACCUGAUUAUCAUUCUGUAAGCAUAAAAUUCCCAAAAUAUUUAAAUUCAUAUUGUCUUAAAGAGAAAAAUGAUUUCAAAUUCUUAAAUUAUAAUCAAUUAUUCAAUUUAGAUUACAAUCAUUUCGAAUUAAAUGAUUCAGAACUUCGUCAUAAGAAUGUUACAACUUUCAAUUUACUUGAGAAAGAUCCUCAAAAUGAUAUCAGACUCGAAAGGGAGGAUAAUACAAGAAGAAAUCAAAAUGUGUAUAAAAUUGAUGAUACAACAAUUUUAGACAGUUGUGAUAUCCCAGUAAGAAUCAAUUAUUUGUAUCAAUUGGAUUCGAAAUUCAAUUAUAAUUUUGUAUAG